GUCACGACGCCGAAUCCAAACGCUCAACAUGUCUAAACGUAACAAGGAUCUUGAAGCUGAAGUCCUAACUUGGAUUUUCGCUGUUAUUGGCGAACCAAUUCCAAAAGGCGAAUUCGAAGACAUCCUUAAGGAUGGCGUAGUCCUUUGUAACUUAAUGAACAAACUUACUCCAGGAUGUAUAAAGAAAAUUCAAAGCAAAGGUACCAACUUCCAACUUAUGGAGAACAUCCAAAGAUUCCAAGCAGCGGCUAAAGCCUACGGCUUGCCCCAAGAAGAAAUCUUCCAAACUGCCGAUCUUUUUGAAAGAAGGAACAUUUCCCAAGUGGCUCUUUCCUUGUUUGCUCUUGGCCGUAUCACACAAAAACACUCUGAAUGGAAUGGCCCCACAUUGGGACCCAAAAUGGCGGAAAAGAAUGAAAGAACCUUCACUGAAGAACAAUUGAGGGCGCAUGAAGGCCAACUGAACCUUCAAAUGGGCUUUAACAAGGGGGCUUCUCAGUCUGGACACGGUGGUUUUGGAAACACCCGUCACAUGUAAAUCUGCCAUUAUUAUAUUUUAUUUAUUAUGUUUUUGAAAUAACGCAAGAAUAUAAAAAAUAUUUAUUAUUUAUUUUUGUACAUUACCACGUACCUUAGUAACAUUUUUUUCAGAUUUUUGUAUGUACUGUUUUGUCAAGUUUAAAAAUAAAUAUUUAUUUUUAGAUU